AUGAUUGUGGCUAAUUGCUAUAAGAAAAUUGGUUAUGAAGAAGAUGCUUUUAAACUCUAUAAAGAAAUUUCAAAUAAAGAUUUAAAAAAAGAAGAAUUUGAUAAAGUAGAACAACACUUUAGAGAGACAAAUGAGUUCAAAAAUGAUCUUGGAAUUUGGAAAUAUAUUAAAAUGAAUAUAAAAACUUAUCUGAGAUU